AGCCACGCUCCCUUUGUGUUGUGCUUUUGUGUUCUUAUCUGCGGAGAUAGCGGCUGAUAAGCUCUGCUGUGGCGCGGGGGAAUAACUGCUGAUGCUGGUGGAACGCUGGGCCGUGGGGAGCCGCUGUGCAAAUAGCGAGGAGCAGCGCUCCAGUCAUGUGGCCAAGACUGGACUCCGCCGACUGAUAAGAUUUAUACGCCAUUAAUAUCAGAGAAGCCUCGAUAGUGAUGACAGAGAAUUGAGUUGAUAUCCCAGCAAGGACACGGCUGGUCAUGUAUUAACACCUUCACUUCCCGUUUCAGAGUGUCCUGUCUCACGCAGCAAGAGAGCGCAGCACAGUGUGUGUGUGUGUGUGUGUGUGUGGAGAGGUGCUGUGGCAUGUGCAAUGCUGUUAUGUGCAAUGGAAUGUUGCAGCAAGUUAUGUAGAGGUUCUCAUUCGCAAAUGUAACGACAGCUAAAGCUCAAAUAGCUGAUUCAAGUAGCCUAAGGUUUGUUCUAUUAAACAUAGGCCUAUACGAGAAUCUUUUUGAUUUUGCUUGCGACCGUAGACUGUGACAUCUCCAAACAUUUUCUAUCUGGAGUGCAUUCAUAGACGGCCUACAGAAUUGCAAUGGGGUCAACAACAUCAACCACAACCACAACUAAAGCCCCGACUACAACGGCUACAACAACCACCACUCAGGCAGCAGCUACGACAACUACUGCCAUCGCUAUUCAGACUACCACCACCACCUCUUACCAUCCCCACGGACUGUCGUUGGAGUAUCAGCUCGUCAUCGCUUUUUCCUGUGUUACCCUUCUACUCAUCCUGGCUCUGUCUUCAGCAGCCAUUUACAUCUUCUGCUGGAGAAAACUACCAAUAUCCGUGGUGACGGCCUGGCUGACAGGAAGCGGAAAAGCAGAAGCGAGUGAUGUCACUGAGACGCCGGAAACCAUAAAUCAACGCACCUAUGAAAACGUUGGAACGCUUGCCAAACAGGAUGUGGAACCAGACGUCUUGUACAGUGAAGUUUCCAGCAUUAAGAGUCGACACAGUGUGGUGGUGGUGCUACCAGACACUGCAACUGAAUAUGCAACAGUGAAGACAUCAUCUAUAUAAACUCAGACCCUCGUGCAGCUUCAGACCUAUAGGAGAAGAGGUCUCUUGCCAGUUUGAAUGAUGAGCACGUCAGGAUCAACAAUCCUACGUAAAUACUGUGAACAAAUGUUGUGUGUGCAUGCACUGCGGGGGUCUCGAGUGUGGGCCUAGCGUGGGCCAAGCCUGGAGUGGGUCGCCGUGUUAUUGCCUCCAAGCUCAAGUAAGACCUGUUGCUGGUAUGACUCAAUCCAGGGUGGCUGUGAGUGGGGCUAACGUCACUAGCACAACUGAUGGGUUUAGUCGUUGGAAUUACGAUCUUUCACAAUGUUGUAAUUCACUAGUUACGAAAUAAACUUCAAAUGC